UUUUGUAUCGAAGGAAUCAACAGCCGCCAUCUUGUCGUGGCUCGGAAUUGGGAUUUCGGUCCAACACUGGCUUUAACGUAGAAAUCGAACAUAAUUUCUGCGGUAUGAGAGCGUCCUUCCCCUGAAAAGGAAAUCUAAACAUCGCGUCGGAGACAUUUUGCGAGGAAAAAACGGGAAUUGGAUCGGUGGUCGUUGGGCAGAAACGCUCCGUAUAUCUGAUUUCCCCUUCAGAGUGCGGCGAUUCAGCCCCUGUCGCCGUUUGGGAGCAGUAUUGUUUACCGUGGACAGGCGAAGACAAGACCGUGACUUUCGAAGUGAUCUGCAAAAAUACGACGUUUUUGUGCAGUUGUGUAUUUUUGUGGUGCUUCGCGCGAUUUUUGCAUGAAGAAAUUUUACGUCACGCAUAAUGGGCACUUUGUACAUAUAGACAUAACGACUCCCCCCCGCAGUGCAGAAAUACACCAGAUGUUACCGGAUUGUCUUUUGAAGUUCGGGUUUUACAUGGGGAAUAUUUUAUUCUGCGGCAUUUAACAAUAAUGAUGUGGGUGUUGGGUGUUGGAUUAUCAUGGGGUGAAUGGCGGUGGCGAAGCGGGGCGCUAUUGCAUCUCUUUUGAAAGAAACAGACUCUCGCAGCAAGGAGUAGCUAACGCUAACAGUUAACUUAGCUAGUAGCAGGCAAUUAGCUAGCUAUUAGCCAGUUAGUUAACGUUAGCAGGCUGUCAACUCGCUAAUGUGCUAGUCGGUAAGGUUCGGGUCGACAGAACGACUUCCAUGUCCUAAGGAAAUCAUAAUCGCAUCAGCAUAAAUAACAAGUCGGACAAGAUAACGACUAUGGCUGAAAACCUGCUGGACGUCGGACCUCCCAGCUCUAAGCGGCCGAAGCUGAAUUCACCUGCCCUGUCAACGUCUGAUGGACAAGAUCUGGGAUCACUAUCCUGGGAUGAUUUAGAGAAUGACCUCCCAGACGAACUUAUCCCCAAUGGUGGAGAUCUAAGCCUGAUGAGUGGGAUGCCUUCAAAUGGUGGGACAGGUCCUGGAGCAGGCGGGCCAGGUGGUGUCCCUGCUGGCCUUGGUGGUGGUGGAACCACCGGUGUUCCAGAUGCUGCCGCCAAGCACAAGCAGCUCUCCGAGCUCCUUCGAGCUGGUAGUACCUCCAGUAUUGCAGGCACAGGACUGAACUCGGCUAGCCCUCAGCAAGGUGGUAUGGGGUCUCAGCUGGGCACACCGCUGGGUAAGAGCCCCCUUGGCCAAGGCUCCCCCAACAACCACCCAUCCCCUCAGGCUCAAAAAGCAGGAACACCAACUGGAAUAGCAGGACAUAAUAACAACAAUAAUACUGCAACAAUGGGCUUGAACACAGCAAGCUUCAACCAGGCCAUGAUUAACAAUAGCCAGGGACACGCUGGGCUACUGACACAGGGAGGGCAGCCCCAAACUGGGCAGGUGAUGAACGGUGGUCUUGGACCUGGAGCUGGGAGAGGACGAGGAGCAGGAGUAGCAGGCAUGCAAUAUCAAGGACAGAUACCCGGAGGCACAACAGGACCAGGGGGACCAGCUAGUGCUUUGGCAGAGACAAUAAGCCAAGGAGGGCAGCAGAUGGGAGCUCAUGCCACCCUCAGUGCAGCCCAACAAGCAGGCAACAUGAACAAGAUGGGCCUUGGUAGCAAUGGAGGUCCAUUUGGCAGCCAGCCCUAUGGUCAGAGUGCCGCAGGACCAGGCCAGCAGCUAAACCCUCAGCAGCAGCUCCAGAACAAGGCUGCCCUUGCCAACAGUCUGCCACCGUUCCCCAGUGAGCUCAAAGGGGCUGCUGUCACCAGCGUGCCAAAUAUGCAGCUCCAGCAGCAGCCCCAGCAGCAGGCAGCGAUGCUCCCCCUGGCUGGCAGUGGCGGUGUGGCAGUGCCUUCAGCAGGACCAACAGCUGACCCAGAGAAACGCAAACUGAUCCAGCAGCAACUGGUCCUGCUGCUUCACGCACACAAGUGCCAGCGACGGGAGCAGGCUAAUGGGGAGGUGAGGGCCUGCGCCCUGCCACACUGCCGCACCAUGAAGAACGUCCUUAACCACAUGACCCACUGCCAGGCUGGCAAGUCCUGCCAGGUGGCUCACUGUGCGUCGUCCAGGCAGAUUAUCUCCCACUGGAAAAAUUGCACGCGACACGACUGUCCCGUCUGCCUGCCGCUUAAGAAUGCCAGUGACAAGCGCACUCAGCAGCCUAUGCUGAGUUCACCUAAUACAGGCCUCCAGAACCCUAUGUCUUCAGUUGGUGUGGGUCAGCCCAGUGCUCCCACCAUCAAUACCUCAGCCCCAAUAGACCCCAGCUCCAUGCAGAGGGCCUAUGCGGCUCUUGGGCUACCCUACAGCAGUCAGGCCACUGGGCAGGCCCAACAGGCUCCAGGACAGACAGCAGGGCCACAGAACGCACAGACUCAGCAACAGCUUUCUCAGCAGAUGAGACCCAUCAAUGCACUUGGCAACCAGAUGGCUCUUGGAGGUGCGGCCAUGGGUGUGACCACUUCAGACCAGACAAAUCUGCACUCAGACUCCCUCCCCAACACGCUCAACACUAACAAUCAGCUGCUGUCAGAUGGAUCAGCUGUGGGAUCAAUGGGCAACACACCCACAGCAGCACCUGUCCCCGCCACAGGCACCAGGAAAGCCUGGCAUGAGCAUGUCACUCAGGAUCUGCGUAAUCACCUCGUACACAAACUAGUUCAAGCCAUAUUCCCGACCCCUGACCCGGCAGCUUUAAAGGACCGAAGAAUGGAGAACCUGGUGGCCUACGCCAGAAAGGUGGAGGGAGACAUGUACGAGUCGGCUAACAGCCGGGAUGAGUACUAUCAUUUCUUGGCUGAGAAAAUCUAUAAAAUCCAAAAGGAACUGGAGGAGAAGAGGCGCUCUAGGCUACAGAAGCAGAUCAUCAACCAGGCACCAUUGGCUGCCCAAGGGACCCAACAGCCAGGACUUGCCCAGCCCAAUGCCAUGGGCCCAAGGCCACAGAAUGGACCUGUUCCUCUACCAAACAUGCCAAAUCAGAUCAUGAAUCGCAUGCAGGUUUCACAAGGAAUCAACCAGUUCAAUCACAUGGCUCUGCCUAAUGCCCAGAUUUCCCAGGCACCUAUUGGAGCCCGAGCUGCUUCACCUAUGAACCAUCCACAGCAAAUGAACAUGAGCUCUGUCCCAGCGAUGGGCCUAUCUCCCUCCAGAAUGCCUCAAGCCCAGGGCAUGAUGGCCGGACAUGGUGGUGGCAACAUGGUUGGUCAGACAGCCAACCAGGGACAGUUUUUGACCCAGACCCAGUUCCUUCCAGGUUCUGCUGCAGUUACUGCAACAGGCACCAUGAAUGUCACUGUGGGCCCUGGUAUGGGUCAGCCCCAGGCUCAAGCUGCUGUCACUCAGCAACAGCAACAGCAGCAGCAACAGCAGCAGCAGCAGCAGCAACAGAACGCUAACCUCCCCAUGAAUGCACUUGGCCCCUCGCUGGGCCCUCAGCUAGCCUCCUCCCAAACCCCCUUGCACUCCACGCCUGCGCCUGCUGCCUCCUCUGCCUCCACGGCUGGGGGGGCCACUAACCUGCCACACACCCAGUCCUCCAGUCGCAGCUCCACCCCCACCCUCCCUGGCCCUGCCCCAGGCCAGGGCACUACCCCACCCUGCCCCACUCAGCCCCAACCCCAGGUGGAGCUCCCCACAGCAGCACAGACGCAGCCCCCGCCUCAACCCCCUACUACGCCGCUGUCUCAGCCAGGAGCCAGUCUGGAUAACCGAGUGCCCACACCAGCUUCAACUGCUAGUGCCGACCUGCACUCGCAGCAUGUUGGAGACUUGCCUGUCCAGGAGAUCAAAGCAGAGAAGCACCACGACCAACAGGAGUUUGAGGCCGCUGGCGGCAAAACUGAGCCCAAGAUGGAGACUGGGGACGACUCUGCUUCGACACUGGUGAAGAAGGAGGAGCCAGAGGUAAAGCCAGAGCCUAUGGAAGUGGAGGAGAAAAAGCCGGAAAUGAAGACAGAACCCAAAGAAGAGGAAGAGGGUGCAGCCAACAGCACAUCCUCAUCUCCCUCGCAAUCACGGAGGAAAAUCUUUAAGCCCGAGGAGCUGCGUCAGGCUCUGAUGCCAACUUUAGAAUCGCUCUACCGGCAGGACCCAGAGUCGCUGCCCUUUAGACAACCAGUAGACCCUUUGCUUCUUGGUAUCCCGGACUACUUUGAUAUUGUUAAGAACCCGAUAGAUCUGUCUACAAUAAAGCGAAAGCUCGACACCGGCCAAUACCAAGAACCUUGGCAAUAUGUUGAUGACGUCUGGAUGAUGUUCAACAAUGCUUGGCUCUACAACCGCAAGACGUCUCGUGUUUACAAGUACUGCUCCAAAUUGGCAGAGGUGUUUGAGUCAGAGAUUGACCCCGUCAUGCAGGGCCUGGGCUACUGCUGUGGGAGGAAGUACGAGUUCUCUCCUCAAACCCUCUGUUGCUAUGGCAAGCAGCUUUGCACAAUACCUACUGGAGGAACAUACUACAGCUACCAGAACAGGUACCAUUUCUGUGAGAAAUGCUUCAAUGAGAUUCAGGGGGAGAGUGUGACCCUCGGAGAUGAUCCUGCACAACCACAAACGAUGAUAUCAAAAGAUCAGUUUGAACGGAAGAAGAAUGACAUACUUGACCCUGAACCGUUUGUUGAAUGUAAAGAUUGUGGACGCAAAAUGCACCAGAUAUGUGUCCUACACUACGAAGUCAUUUGGCCAUCUGGAUUCAUUUGUGACAACUGUUUGAAAAAGAGUGGAAAAACACGGAAGGAAAACAAGUUCUCUGCAAAAAGGCUGCAGUCGACUCGAUUGGGAAUGUACAUAGAGGACCGUGUGAAUAAAUACUUGAAAAGGCAGAACCACCCUGAGGCUGGAGAGGUGUUUGUGCGAGUGGUGGCAAGCUCCGACAAAAUGGUGGAGGUCAAACCAGGCAUGAAAGCCAGGUUUGUGGACACAGGCGAAAUGCAUGAGACCUUUCCCUACAGAACCAAAGCACUUUUUGCCUUUGAGGAGAUUGAUGGCGUGGACGUUUGUUUCUUUGGCAUGCACGUGCAGGAGUAUGGCUCCGAGUCUCCUUUCCCCAACACUAGACGGGUUUACAUAUCAUACCUUGACAGUAUUCACUUCUUCAGACCUCGGAUUCUACGAACAGCAGUGUACCAUGAAAUCCUCAUUGGCUAUCUAGAAUAUGUCAAGAAGCUUGGGUACGCCCAGGGCCACAUCUGGGCCUGCCCUCCAAGUGAAGGAGACGACUACAUCUUCCACUGCCAUCCUCCUGAUCAGAAGAUCCCUAAGCCUAAGAGACUACAGGAGUGGUACAGGAAGAUGCUGGACAAGGCCUUUGCUGAGAGGAUCCUGCAUGACUACAAGGACAUCUUCAAACAGGCGACCGAGGACCGACUGACCAGCGCCAACGAGCUUCCUUAUUUUGAAGGCGACUUCUGGCCCAACGUGCUGGAGGAGAGCAUCAAGGAGCUGGAGCAAGAGGAGGAAGAGAGGAAGAAAGAGGAGAACACAGCUACUUCUGAAACACCUGAGGGAACACCAGGUGAAAGCAAAAACGCUAAAAAGAAGAACAACAAAAAGACAAACAAAAACAAAAGCAGUUUGAGCAGAGCUGGUAAGAAGAAGCCUGGGAUGCCGAAUGUAGCCAAUGAUUUAUCCCAGAAGCUGUACGCCACGAUGGAGAAGCACAAAGAGGUGUUCUUUGUCAUUCACCUCCACUCUGCUCCUAUGGCGAACACCCUGCCGCCCAUCGCUGACCCAGACCCUAUGCUGUCGUGUGACCUAAUGGACGGGCGUGAUGCCUUCCUGACUCUAGCCAGGGACAAGCAUUGGGAGUUUAGCUCCCUCAGGAGGUGCAAGUGGAGCACCAUGUGCAUGCUGGUCGAGUUGCACAACCAGGGCCAGGACCGCUUUGUCUACACUUGUAACGAGUGUAAGCACCAUGUGGAGACACGCUGGCACUGCACUGUGUGUGAGGACUUUGAUCUUUGCAUCAGCUGUUACAACAUUAAGGGCCACGAGCAUCAGAUGGUGAAGUGGGGACUCGGCCUGGAUGACGACAGCAACAGCCAAAGUGGAGAGGCCUCCAAGAGCCCACAAGAGAGCAGGCGGCUAAGUAUCCAACGCUGCAUCCAGUCCCUGGUCCACGCUUGUCAGUGUCGCAAUGCCAACUGCUCGCUGCCUUCCUGCCAGAAGAUGAAGCGAGUGGUUCAACACACCAAGGGAUGCAAGCGCAAAACCAACGGUGGUUGUCCCGUAUGCAAACAGCUUAUUGCUUUAUGCUGUUACCAUGCAAAGCACUGUCAGGAGAACAAAUGUCCCGUCCCGUUCUGCCUAAAUAUUAAGCACAAGCUUCGCCAGCAGCAGCUGCAGCACAGGCUUCAGCAGGCACAGCUAAUGAGGAGGAGAAUGGCGACCAUGCAAGGAAGAACAAUGCCUCUGCCUUCCCCACCGGCCUCCGCUGCCCCCAGUACUCCCACUUCCCAUGGCCUGCCCAACACUCCCCAGACCCCCCAGCAGCCUCUCUCAAACCAGCCACAGACUCCCAACUCAACAGGCGUCAUGUCCCCAUCUUUUCCAAGUGCACCUCGCAAUGGCCAGCCUCAAGCACCAGUGUCCCAGGGCAAACCUGGGCCCCAGGCCUCCCCUCUACACCAGCAGCAGUCUCCUCUCCCUCAGCCAUCCCAACCGCCUCAGCAGCUACAGCAGCAGCCUCCCCUUGCUGCAGUCAAGAUGGCACGGCACAUCGAGAUGAUGGCGCAGGCCCAGCAGAACCAACAGAAUUACCGGGUCAAUAUGAACGGCUUGCCCAUGAACCCCCAGCAGCCACAGCAGCGCAUGACUGGACCAAUGCAGCCACCCAUGCAAAUGGUGCCUGGGCCCCGGGGUCCACAGGUCAUGCCAACUGGAAUGGCUCCAGGACAAUGGCCUGGAGCUGCAGGCCCCAUGCAGGCAGCUCAGACUCAACAGCCAGGCCUUGUCCCAGGCCAGACCCCACAGCAGGCCAUGACCAUGCAGAGAGCCAUGAUGCCUCCAGGGCAGCAACCUCAGCAAGGCCAGAGGAUGCUUAUACCACAGCAGCCUGGUAUCCGGCCACAAACUCCACAGAGACCUGGUGCUAUAGCCCCCAAUGCCCUGCAGGACCUUCUACGCACCCUCAAGUCUCCCAGCUCACCCCAGCAGCAGCAGCAGGUUCUAAACAUCCUCAAAUCCAACCCACAGCUAAUGGCUGCUUUCAUCAAACAGAGAACAGCCAAGUAUCAUGCCAACCAGCCACAGCAGCAACAAGCAGGUCAGCAACAGCAGCCCGGCAUGCCCCCAAUGCAGGCCAUGGCCAUGUCAGUUGGGGCAGUGCAGAGGCCGGGGAUGCCCUCACAGCAUCCCCAGCAGCCUCCAGCCCAAGGCAUGGCAUCAUUAGGGGCUCAAGCGCAGCUGCUGAACACGGCACACAACACAAACACCCAGAUACAGGAACUCUACCGUCUGAAACUCCUAAGACAGCAGCAACAGCAACAACAGCAACAGCAGCAGCAACAACAACAACAACAACAAGGAGUGAUGCCACAAGGCCAUCCAGGCCAGUUCCCUGCACAGACGCAGGGUACCGCAGCUACAUACUCUCAGAUCCGUAUGCAGCAGCAGCAGCAGAUAGCCAUGCAGACGGCCCCAGGAGCAGCAGGAGGACCUAUGGGCCAGCUCCCGCCCAUGUCUCAGAUGUCCCAGCCUGGAAUGGGGAUAGAUUCCACCCAGACUUUGCUUCAUCAGCGAAUGCUCCAGCAGCAACAGCUUCCCCAGCAGCAGGCCGUCCUCAAGCAGCAGAUGGGUUCUCCUGCCCAGCCCAACCCAAUGAGCCCCCAGACACAUUUACUGGCCGGACAGCCCCAGGGUGGAGCUCACCUCGCUGGCCAGUCCACACUUGCCAACACCCUCAGCAACCAGGUCCGUUCCCCUGCACCCGUCCAGUCCCCCUGUCCGCCUUCGCAACAGCAGCCACAGCCACCACAUUCCAGUCCCUCACCACAGGUCCAGAAUCAGCCACAACCUUCACCGCAACACCCGCCUCCACCACACUCGGGUUCCCCCCACCCGGGACUCGGGGGCUCACUGCAGUCCAUGGAGCAGGGACACUUGGGGACACCAGAACAGAGUGCCAUGCUCCCGCAGCUUAACACACCCAGUAGAGGGAGCCUGAACAGUGACUUGGGGGAUGCUACAGGUGACACUCUGGAGAAGUUUGUGGAGGGAUUGUAGCAUUUCUGCUGGGAACUGAAGAGCACAGUCUCGCUCCCAGGGACCCAUCCUCCACUCCUCCUUUCCCUUGGACUUGUUAUGCUGUUAGCUUUGUUCCUUUCCUUUCAGUUUUAGAGCGGUUUUUCUACUUGGUAAAACAUGUUAUGUUAUGAAAAGAAAAGAGAAAUUUUGGUCACGGAAAAAUACAAAAAAAGUCAAUGCAUCAAGGGAUUGGAAUUUGUUUGUGGAAUGGUAUUUCCUCCUUAGGAUGAUGAGGAAUUUGCAAGAGGCUUCUUAUUGAAAUUUAAAUCACAAAGAAUAUAUUUUUGGUUGUGACCAAAUGUGUUCAAUAAUCAGUUUAUUUUUGUUUGGUUUGUUAUUGGUAUGUUUCAUGCCUGUCGCAUAAUUUCCCCCCCCUUUUUUUCCUUUUUUAAAAAAAACAAAAAUGUACAAUUUCAUUAUAAUAUUCAUAUCUUUUUAUUUUGUACCUUUGGAAAAAGACUUUAAGCAUUUUUGUGUUGAAACUGUAAAAUAAGUUGUCUGGGAAUUGGGCCAGGUUUUUGUUCUCAAACUGUUGUAAUCUAGUGUUGUAUCAUUACUCCAUGAUGAUGAUGCGUUCAGGGACAGAGACUGCUCCCUUCUCUUUGUGUGUAUGAAGAGCACUCACUUGUAUUAAAGUAGGAAAUGGACUGCGCCAGGUUGUGUAUACACAGGCAUGUAUGCAGGCACACAUGAAGACACUGACACAAACCCUCACAGUCACUAAGAGAAACACAGCUUUACCUGGUUUCACCAACAAAGACACAAGGACUGCAACCUACAUCUCAGUGGCCUGGAAUUUAAUAAAUCUGUCUUGCAGGUGUAGAAAAUUGUUGCUUUGACAUUAAAAAAAAGAAUUUGUCAUACGUUUUUGUCAUACAAAUGUUGUAAAGUGUAAAGAGAGUGUGAGAAAAAGACCAGUCCCCUAAGCUGAGGUGGAAUGAUCACCGGUUGUUUGUAGGCUACAUCUCGGAUGAUGCCCUAUCCUCUAAAUUUUACACUAAGUUGUGUUUUAUCUAGGGAUGAAGGACAUGUUUGAGAUUCACCCUGAAAAUUGAAAUGUUCCACAACCCUCAUUCCUCUCUCGCAGAAACUUGAAUUAGGGGGAUUAACUUUUUCUCCAAUUGUAAAUCAAGUUAUUAAACAAAAUAUUAUAAAUAUAAGGAAAAGAGAGAAUGAAAUCACUGUAUAAACUGGUAAAAGACUCAUUUCUUACUUAUAUACCAUAUUGUUAAAUAAACUGUGUGCAACAGAA